CGGCUGGGUUAUCACAACGAUAGUUUAGUGAAUUGUGCAUUUAGAUUGGCUCUGUCCGUAGUACCAUUUCUAGUCGAAAGUACCAAUUGCAGGUUCUAUCCAUCUGAAAAGUAUUCAAUAUUCAGACAUGUCCUCGGUUAGCUCCUAAAUCUUCAACAUUCAGUUUUUAUCAUCGUUGUAUCGAGUUAAAUAUUGGAAUCACGGUCCAUCAAAUUCAGUUCAGACAAUAUGAGCACUAGACCCACGCUAUUACAUCCUCCUAAACAGUUCUUCCGUUUUCGUGAAACUAGUGACAAUGAAACGUUCACAGAAGAUGAAUUAGAUGCGAAUAAUAAUCAUCAUCCUCUUCCCAAUCAUUCAUCAAACGAUUCUGCAGUGAUAGACAUCAGCAAAUAUGAUUUCCCCAAAGAUAUUUGGGAAAUUAUCCCAGAAGGUGAACUCAUUCUAAAAGUUGCAACAUUUGUGCCAGUGGUCCUCCUUGGCAUCAUUGGUAAUGCAAUACUUCUCAACAUAAUCAUGAGGAAUCGUGCUCUAAGAACUCCAACUAACUUAUUGAUAGCAAACAUGGCAGCCGCAGAUACACUCACCCUAGUUAUUUGUCCCGCCAUGUUUAUGUAUCAUGACUUCUUCCAAAAUUACAAACUCGGCGGAGUUGGAUGUAAAGCUGAAGGUUUUUUGGAAGGAUCACUGCUCAUAACGGCCGUUCUGAAUUUGUGUGCCGUAAGCUACGAUCGAUUGACUGCAAUUGUUUUGCCACUGGAAACACGAUUAACCAUUAAAGGUGCAAAAUUCGUGAUGAUUGCCACAUGGUUGGUUGGAUUCCUUUUAGCUGCCCCAUUGGCUAUUUAUAGGACAUAUAAGGAAAGACAAUGGAAAAAUUUUCUAGAAACUUAUUGUUUUGAAGAUACCACAGUUCUACCAGUUUACUGGCAUGUCUUAAUUGCUGCGCUUGUUUGGAUGCCACUAGGAGUGAUGAUGACAUGCUAUUUUGCUAUUUUCUAUAAGCUGGACCGUUAUGAAAGGCAAGUUCUUAAACGUGAACAUCCAAUGUCCGUUUCCUAUAAAACUAAAGUUGCCAAGAUGCUCUUCAUUGUGGUCAUAAUUUUCGUUGUGCUACGAGUUCCUUUCACAGCGUUGGUUUUCAUAAGGAAUCAAAUGCUCCAAAAUAACUUUGUUGACCAAAUUCUUGGAAGUUUUCAAGUGCUUUGGUACGCUUCCCAUUAUUUGAUCUUCUUUAACGCCGCUAUAAAUCCCUUGAUUUAUGAAUUGACAAACGAUAAUUUUCGAAGGGCAUACCAUCAGACGCCAUUUCUUUUUUGCUUCUAUAAACCGAAGAUUGGGAAAAAGAAAAAGGCGAACAAACCAGCUUCGUUUGGCCGACUAUUCUAUGGUGCUUUACAACCGAGGGGACCGUGUGGCGAGGAUCGUUUCGCCGGAGUAAAGAACCUUUUCACGCAAAAAGACAAGGGAAACAUUCAAAUUGGAAGUGGUACUAGCAAAACCUAUAGAUCAACAAGAAUUACGCAGCUUCGAAUUCAAUCAUCAAAAGAAACCCUUUCCGAUUCAAUGCAACAUAAAGACGUGUGUAAAAUUCUGGACGUGAAGAAAAUCGAUACCGAAACAUCGAUUGUUGCUAAUGGUUUUAUAUAGCGGAAACUCCGAUUAUUGCCAAUGGUUGUGUGUAAAGAGUUGUAUAGUAUCUAUUUGGAAAAAAACGUAAAUUUGAUUCCAAUAA